AUGGCUACGACCAUUACGCUCCCGGCAGUGACAGGCGAAAUGAGAAUGCGCCUCGAGAACCUAGAGCCGAUCGGCGAGGCGAGGGGCCUGAUCACAGGACCUGAAGGACAGGAUAAUGGCAGCCAGUCUACUGGUACGCGGCAAGCUGGUGGCCGGAAGGGAUGCAAGGGGCAUGAAAGCUCCCAGAGCCAUUUCAGGGACCCUGCUGAGGAGAGACGGGAUCAGCGCCGCGAUUUCUAA